AUGGAGGAUGAAAUCUACAACUUCAUCAAGGUAUGUUUCCUAGCCAACAUAUCUCUGUGUUAUUGUUUCUACAUAUCAUCCAGAAUCCCAAAGGGCAUCCUCAGGCUCAUCUCUCUCCUCCCCAUCCUCUACCUCUUCAUCCUCCUCCCCUUAAACCUCCAUUCCUUCCACCUUGGUGCGCCCACCAUCUUCUUCCUCGUCUGGCUUGCCACCUUCAAGCUCCUCCUCUUCUCCUUUGAUCAUGGCCCUCUAUCUUCUCCACCCCCACUAACCCUCUUCCAAUUCAUCUCCCUAGCUAUCCUCCCAAUCAAAAUCAAGCAAAACCCAACUCAAAAAUCACCGCCGAAUCAAAACCCAGAUCACAAAAUCCCCCCAAACCCCACAAAACCUGAGAACCCAAGUUACCCAAUUGGUAAAAAGUCAAUUCUGUUUGCUGUAAAAGCCUUGCUUUUGGCUUUGGUCGUCGGAUCAUAUCACUAUAGGCAACAUUUACACCCGUACGUUACAUUGGCCUUGUGCUGCUGCCACCUGUACCUGGGGCUAGAAAUUUUGCUACCCCUGUGUGCGACCCCGGCUCGAGCCGUUUUUGGAUUUGAGCUCGAGCCGCAUUCCAACGAGCCUUACCUUUCCACUUCGCUUCAAGACUUUUGGGGCCGUAGAUGGAACCUCAUGGUCACAAAGAUUUUACGACCCACUACGUACUACCCCAUACGCAAUGUUUUCACGCGUGUAGUCGGGCCUCAAUUGGCCCGAUUUUUCGCUAUGAUGUCCACUUUUGCAGUCUCAGGUCUAAUGCACGAGGUGAUUUAUUACUAUCUGGCACGUGUGCCUCCGACAUGGGAAGUGACAUGGUUCUUUGUGCUGCAUGGGGUGUGUGUGGCAAUCGAGGUGGAGGUCAAGAAGGCAGCGGCCGACAGGUGUCGGUUAAAACCGGUGAUUUCGGGGCCGUUGACGUUGUUGUUUUUGGCUGUGACGGCCAAUUGGCUGUUCUUCCCGCAGGUGCUUAGAAAUGGCGUGGAUGUGAAAGCUUUAAAUGAGUAUUCAGCUAUGGUGGCUUUUGUCAAGUCCCACCUGCCCUUAAACUUUUAUUGGUGGAAAAGUUAGUUGAUAGACGAAUAAUUUGUAGGUUACUUUGAUGAAAAGACCUAUUGCUUCAACUUAUUUGUUUUUUUAACGAAAGUACGAUCAUAAAUCUUCUCUCUUUUAAUUUGUCCCAAGAGAUAUGAAUUCAGAAGUUUCUUUGUGAAAGCAAGUUCAAGUGUACGAAAUGACGCUAUAAAUCCAUUACUGUAUACAACAAUCGCUUCAUAGUU